AUGGUGUCACAUCUACGCCGCCCUCAUCCUUGCUCUCUGCACUGUUGUAUGCAGAAAAUUCCCGAUACCGUCCGGGACUCGGACGCGGGCUCCGGCCUGCUAGCAAUGAGCGCGUUGAUCUGGGUUGUGAGGCGGUUCCAGCGCCUGACCGGCGACCUCCGUCGCAUUGCCACCAGCAUGGACAAGCCCACCGUCUCGGGGUUGAAGGCGCUGCGGAACGAGAUGGUAGCCCUCAUCAAGAAGCAAGUCCCGCUCAUACGGUCGGGGAAAACCGUUGUUGCUGCCGACGCCUGUGACGACGACGGCGAGGAAGUCCAUUCUGCAUCCGUACCAGUAGGGGUCGCCCCGAACGUCGCUGAUGCGCGUGGCAAGUCGGGAGUCGGCGUCGACGAGGCCGAUGCGGCCGCAGGAAAGGGGGUGACCGGGACUGAGGUUGUUCACGGGAAUGAUGAUGGGGUCCAGGAUCGCGAGGAGGAACGUGAGGGUGAGGGGGGCUCGGAGGAGUCGUCGGGGUCGGGGUCGCGAUCGGGGUCGGGCUCGGAGUCGGAGGAGGAGCAGGAGCAGGAGACGCACGAGCACGAGAGGCAGCACCAGGAGGAGCAGUUGGUAGAGGUGGAGGACGUGGAAAUGGCGGAGGGGUACGUUGUCGGAGGAGCGGAGGAAACGGGUGGGAGAUCGGCGGAUGUCGAGAACGACGAAGGGGAGGGGAAGGGUGCGACAGCGAAUAUCGGCGAGGUCGGCGUGGAGGCGGCUCACGGAGGUGGUGGCAUGGUCGAGGUCGGUGAAGGGGAUAACGCCGCGGUCCCGGAGCAGAGGGGCGUGGAUGUGCAUACCGAUGCCACCGCGGAGAAGGCCGGCGGGGAGCGGUCUAGGAGGAAGAAGGCGGCGAGCGGUCAUCCCGGUUCCACCGCGGCUGGGCGGCAGGCGCGGCUGGACGUCGUCGAUCAGCUGAGGGCGGAGAACAGGCGAUUGCGUGCAGACAAUGCACUCCUUGAACGGCGGCUCGGUGAGCAGACGGGGCGGGUCGACAGCUUGGCGGCGGCAUUAGCUGGGCUCCUCGAGAAGGUGAAGGGUUUGACCGCCCAGGUCGCCGACACCGACCGGAAAUCGGAGGAGCGCCUCAAAGAGGCCACGUCGACCAUGGCGACCACAAUCACCGAGGGCCUCACCGACAACAUGGACAGCGCCAUUCAAUCGGCCAAGUCCUUCGCCGAGCUAGCAAGGCAGACGCUGCUGGAUCUUGACGACCCCAAGGGACGAGCGGCGGUCGCACGCGCGACCGCGGUGAAGACAGUGACCGAGCACGUGACGGCGGAGGUGGGCGAGGCGAGGAAGGGGUUGGAGGAGUCGUUCAUCAAAUACAUCGGCGCCGCGCAGACCAACAUUGCCGCCGCCGUCUCGCCCCGCCUAGUCCAGCCGCCGCCGCCUACCGGCCCAACGCAGGCCUUGCCGGAAGAUUUCCUGAAGUCUUUCAAGGAGGACGUGCUGAAGGCGGUGACGGAGACCACGCAGCAGUCCUUCCUCGCCUCCGGACUGAAGAUAAUGGCCGAGGUCGUCGGCACGGUGGCGUAUGCUCGGCGUGGGUCGUCGCCGUCGGCAAACGACGCCGGCCAAGCGCAACCUACGAAGGGCUUGAAGCUGGGUCACAAGAGGCGGGGAGGCGGCGGGGGGGGCAACGGGGACAAUUUGGCGAACACGAAGCGGAGCAAGGGAGGCGGGGGGUCUGGCGGCGGGGGGGGGGACGGAGACGAUUCGGCGGGCGCGAGGCGGACCAAGGGAGCGGCUGGUUCUCGCGUCGCCGGCGAUGGGAGCAUGGGAGCCGGCGACGGCAGUUCGUUGAAGCAGUCGGGGAAGAGCGUGGUCGACAUCCUCAGGAAGCACUGGGCUCAGGUUGGAGCGGCCAGCACGGGCCAUGGUGGUGGGGGUCCCGCCGACGAGCAUGCCACUGAUGACGCACUGCCAAUGGCUCCGCCUUCGGUCGGCGUUAAGCCACCACGACAGGGUAGCGGUGUGAAAGGCCUGCGCGACAAGGAGAAGGCCGCCGCCAAAACGGCCCCAGGCGGGCGACCUACCGACGUCCCGCGCCAUGCCGACGUACAGUCUGCCGACAAGGCUGGCCGCGCGGGAAAAGGGGCGGCAGUUGCGGACGCGCUCAAGGAGCAGCUCAGGCUCCUAGCCGGCCAUAGGGCUGUUCAACAGGCCCCCCCUGCUGUCGACGUCCCAUCGGCCAGUGGGCCACGUGUAGUGCCGGUCGUCGCCGCCCGUACUCCUGCAGACCCAAAGUCCGCGUUGUUGCGCGCCCAGCUGGGCGCACUAGCGUCGACUGAGAGGACUCAGCAGGCUUCUGGCUCUGGCUCUAAGCCGUCGUCGGCGAAUGUCGCACCACCCACCCAUGUGGCAGUUGAUGUGGAGAAGGCGGCGGAGAAGGGCGUUCGUGCCGCGCUUGCCACCGGCGGCGGCGCCGUUGAGGAGGUCCCCGCAGACGCUGAUAUCGCUGCCAUACAGGCCCAUCUGGAUGCAGCCAAUCCCCGAACCCUGGCCAUCUCCGACACGGAACAUGUGGAGCCUUCGGCGGGACUCGUCGGCAUCGCGGCAGAGCCUAGUGCGACCGGUGAUGCGGUCGGUGAAGGAAAGUCGAAACGGAAGUGGAAGGCGGGCUCACAGAGGAAGACACGGGAGAAGUCGGAGGUGAAGGCGGCGGAUAAACAGAAGGGGAUGGCGACGGAGACGGCGGCGGACAAAGAUCGAGGCGGCAUUGGGGAGGUUGAAGGGAAAGGGGAGAAUCAGGAGAAGUUGCCCGGCGAGGGUACGUCGACGGGGAGGAAGGGGAAGGACAAGUCGGUCGGAGAAGGUGCGUCGACCGGGAGAAAGGGGAAGGAGAAGGCGGUCGGCGAGGGUUCCUCGAAGGGGAGAAAGGGAAAGAGGAAGGCGGAGGAGGAGGAUGAGGAUGUCGAGGAGGUGGAGGAGGUCGAGCAGGAGGAAGAGGAGGAGGAGGAGGAGGAGGAGGAGGAGGAGGAGGAGGAGGAGGAGGAGGAGGAGGAGGAGGAGGAGGAGGAGGAGGGGAAGGGCAAGGAGAGGAGGGGUCAUGGCAUCCGACACGAUACCUCGGGCGACAAGCAAGGGUGGGUCGGCGAGAUUAAGGUGCACGGCAUCAAUCGAUACAUCGGCAAGUCGCGGGACAAGAUGGAGCUCGCGUACGUUCACUCCAUCGCGUACGUCGUCUACGACGGUUUUGUGAGCAAGGUGCUCAUGACCGAGCUCACCGGCUUGGACAGCGCCGAAUUGGAGAGGUGGAAGGAGGUGUGGGAGGAGGUCAGGAUCUUGCCGACAGGGAUGUGGACGGUGAUGUGGGCCCGGGGUACGCUCCUUCCAAAGACACGGCUGACAGAGAUCCUCGACGCGUAUCGCCAUUACAAGUCCACAGGCGAUUGUCUCCACGCCGCGCUCCUGCCAGUGAUAUGGUACCCAGUCGAUGCUAGCACCGAGGAAGGCCGAGAGAAGUCGGCGUUCAUGAUGUCGGCGAUGAUAGGCCGCGUGUCAAUGUGCGCUGCAUAUGGGAAGACCGCUGCGGCAGCGGCGAAGAAGGAGGGAGACAAGGAGGAGAAGACGGAUAUGGCGGCAUGGGCGUUAGCAGCAUCCGCAUGCGCUGUGUGGUGCUUCGUCGAGAACGGCGAUGCCCAGCUGGCGGAUGCUGUGGAAGAAGGGAAGUCGGCGGCGAUCAUCGGCGGAGCGAGCCAGGCGACCGCCGAUGUAUUCGGAAAAGUCAUGGAGGCGGUGCUGAAAGCCGAGAUGAACAGGGACCGCCCCCUGGGAGAGGUUGCCUACAACGUCGCGCCAGCACUCCAGAGGACCGCCCUUGAUAGGGUCUAUCCGGGGGGGAAUGCUGGAGUAGAUACCGACGUUAUCGCUAGAGCGACGGUUGAGACGAUGGCGUUUUGGGGAAUGUGCCCCGUCGCCGGGCCGAAACUAAGAGCGAGGGACAUCGCGGUGCCGAUUGACGCGCAGAUGAAGGCCGAUCUUGACAACAGGGGGAGGAAGGGUCUGAGGGGCAAGAAGGGGACGAAGACCAAGGGCGGCACGGAGAAGGGCAAGAUGUCGAAGAAGGACAGCACGACGGCCUAG